ACAUACACAUGCCCAACCAAUUACGUCCUAAACCAAAUCCAACUUCUUCUUCUUCUUCUUACAACAAAGUUCGUACGCAUGGGCAGCGAAGCACAGUCGAACCCCAUCAUGAGCCUCGAGGCUAUCUUGGGUUCACCAGGUGUGAGAGGCAAGAAAGUUACACCCAUUGAUGAAGAUAAUAAUGGCUUGAUUAAUUUCUUGCAGACCAUCAUUAACGACGCCCAGUUAGACUCUAAAGAACCAUUUUAUGUCCUUGAUUUGGGCGUUGUUACCAACCUCAUGGACCAGUGGACCCGUAGCCUACCAACCGUCCGACCUUUCUACGCCGUCAAAUGUAAUCCCGACCAAGCUUUACUCGGUGUCAUGGCCGCGCUCGGUUCCGGUUUCGACUGCGCCAGCCGGGCCGAGAUCGAAACCGUUUUGGGCCUUGGAGUUUCCCCGGACCGAAUCAUCUUCGCCAACCCAUGUAAACCGGAGUCCCAUAUCAAGUACGCCGCUACUGUAGGUGUUAACCUAACGACCUUCGAUUCGAAAGACGAGGUGGAGAAGAUCCGAAAGUGGCACCCCAAAUGUGAGCUUCUCAUUCGGAUCAAAGCUCCGGAUGAUGGCGGAGCUCGGUGCCCGUUGGGUCCCAAAUACGGUGCUUUGCCUGAUGAAGUUGAGCCUCUCCUUCGAGCGGCUCAAGCCGCGGGACUCACCGUGAGGGGCGUUUCGUUCCAUAUCGGAAGCGGAUCCACACAAUCGGCUGCUUACAGAGGCGCCAUAGAAGCAGCCAAGAUUGUUUUCGAGACGGCGGCUCGGGUCGGGUUUCAACAAUUGAAAGUGUUGAACAUCGGCGGAGGUUUCACCUCCGGCGAGCCGUUUGAAGAAGCUGCUUCAAACGUAAGAGCCGCUCUGCGGACGCACUUCCCCAACUCUCAAGGGCUGAGCAUCAUAGCCGAGCCGGGUCGGUUCUUCGGAGAGACGGCUUUCACGUUAGCCGCUAACGUAAUCGGAAAGCGAGUUCGAGGCGAUUUGAGAGAGUAUUGGAUUAACGACGGAAUCUAUGGCUCCAUGAACUGCUUACUCUACGACCACGCAACUCUCACGUGCGUGCCUCUGGCUUGCUCGUCCAAGCGUGCCAACCCCACGUGCGAAGGUGAAAUAACGUAUGAGUCGACGGUGUUUGGACCCACGUGCGACGCGCUUGACACUGUUUUGACUGGUUACCGGCUACCGGAGCUUGAGGUCAACGAUUGGCUUUUGUUUACGAAAAUGGGUGCUUAUACCGUGGCGGCUGGGUCAAACUUCAAUGGGUUCAACACUUCGGCUAUUUUGACCUACCUUGCUUGCUCAGAUUCGAGUUUGUAUAAAUAGGUUUAUUAUUGUAUUAAUUACAUAAAAUACCGUAUGUUUAGAAAAAAAUUUGAAAUAUACGGUGAAUACAAAUAUAUAGUGUCUUAAAAAAAAUAGACAGAGAAUAAUAAAAUGAAUUAAGAUAAGAAUAUAACUCACUAGUGUAUAAGUUUAGUCUCUGAAAGGUAAUGAAUGAUUUUUUCUUUUGUGUUAUGAUCAACUUUUAUUUUGUCUUGUAAUCUUACUCAGUAAGAAAAGAUACAUCAUUAAUCGAUGUAAUAUAAUUAUAUUAAUGUGAUAUAAUAAUAUUCAAUCAAUUUCUUUUUA